GUCCGCCAUUUCGUGGACGCCAGGUCAGCGAGAGCAUCUGUGGGAGUCGGGGAGGAGGGGAGCGGGAAGCGGGAAGACCCAUCCGAGGGUGUGUGGAUUUGGGCGUCCGCAUUCUAACCCCAGAUUUCGAAAUGCAUCGUGAUUCCUGUCCAUUGGACUGUAAGGUGUACGUAGGUAAUCUGGGAAACAAUGGUAACAAGACUGAACUGGAACGAGCCUUUGGCUAUUAUGGACCACUCAGAAGUGUGUGGGUUGCCAGAAACCCUCCCGGCUUUGCUUUUGUUGAAUUUGAAGAUCCCCGAGAUGCAGCUGAUGCUGUCCGAGAGCUAGAUGGGAGAACACUAUGUGGCUGCCGAGUCAGAGUGGAACUCUCGAAUGGUGAAAAGAGAAGUAGAAAUCGUGGUCCACCUCCUUCUUGGGGUCGUCGCCCUCGAGAUGAUUAUCGGAGAAGGAGUCCUCCACCUCGUCGCAGAUCUCCAAGACGGAGAAGCUUCUCCCGUAGCCGGAGCAGGUCCCUUUCUAGAGAUAGGAGGAGAGAGAGAUCACUGUCUCGGGAGAGAAAUCACAAGCCGUCCCGAUCCUUUUCUAGGUCUCGUAGCCGAUCUAGGUCAAAUGAAAGGAAAUAGAAGACCAGUUUGCAAGAGGAGUGGUGUACAGGAAAUAACUUCAUUUGACAGGAGUAUGUACAGAAAAUUCAAGUUUUGUUUGAGACUUCAUAAGCUUGGUGCAUUUUUAAGAUGUUUUAGCUGUUCACAUUUGUUUGUCUUUGAACAGUGACACAUAAAGAUGUAAUUCUCUAUGAUUUGAAUGGAUCAUAUGAGGCAUGUAAUAUUAAGAAUUGUUACUUUACAAUGUUCCCUUAAGCAAAAUUGAAUUUGCUUUGAAGUUUAGUCUUAAAUACACUGAUAAUAAACCUCUUAUUAACUCCUGCCCAGCUAAAGCUUGACAUUUCAUAUUAUGAAGACAAAACCGGCAAAAAUUGAACGAAGAGUUUUUCCGUCGCUGAGAUAACAGUGUGUGUGCAGUUGUAAUUGAACAAGCAGUCUUUAAGAGCUGCUGUGAACACAAGCCAGCAGGUAAAAAUUAAGCUGCACUGUUAAUUAGGUUAGAGGUUUAAAAGAAAAGUCCAACUAGUCUUCGUACUGGGCAGAGGUGGUCCAGUUGGUGUAGAAUUGGAAGUUUCAAGACCGUUUUAUUUUUGUUUUAGGUCAUAAGUUCGUUCUUAACACAAUAGCUGUAUAUGAACACACAGCUCUUUGUAAGCCUUCUCUCUUUGGAAAUUCGAAACUAUUCAAAAUCCUGGCAGUUUAAGGGUACAUUGUAGAGCUGAACCUUGAGUUACUGUGCAAGAUUUUUUUUCAUGCUGUCAUUUGUAAUAUGUUUGUGAGAAUCCUUGGGAUUAAAGUUUUGGUUACAAAUUGUAAGCCUGUUUUUCCUUGCAAAAUUAAAAUCUGUGAGCUUGGUAUCAAGUCCAGGUAUAACAUUCCUAUUGGAAGCCAUACUUAUAUUUUCUUGUAAAGUGCUUUUUGAAUUAAUAAAAUAUUAGCAUAAUUGUUUAAUAGUCGAACCCACUAUUACCAUAGUUCUUGUCCAUGGAAAUCCGUGGGUUACACAAAUCUUAGAAGAAAACAAUUGAGGCUGUAGGGAACCUUUUUUAGGAGUAGGAGCCAGUUCAAAGACCACGAUACUUCGUGACCAACAUUUUAAAGUAUAGCAACCUGGUACAUUAUAACCCAAAGUGGCCUAUAAAAAAGGCUUUAUCAUUAGCAUGAGACCUUUCCACAAAGCUUUAAAAUCGCUUCCAUUUUAUAUAAUUCGAGGUGUUGCAUGGAAAUUCUAAAUUGAUCCAUCAUGAUGUAAAAUUCACUAUAUGGUUCUAAUGUAACAGUGCAGAACUGAAUAUGGAGGCAUGCAUAACCUUCCUCUUAGAAAUCCAGAGGAGUUGUAAUUUUAAAUUUUUGUGCGAUUAGAUUAAAUCAUAAUGCAACAGUC